CCACACCCCCAGUGUUUUGUUUAGUUUUAUCUAUGGUUCUAUCUUUAUCUACGCCCCACAAAAUCAGCAAGCAAAACUAGUUUGGUUUCAUAAUGUCUGAAGGGCAAGUGCAAGAUGGUGGGAGGCUCAGUGGAGCUAGAGGAACGCUAGAGAAACUGGGAGACAUCAAAAUAGGUCAAAAGAUAUCUAUUAACCUUAGGAUCCUUUUGGAGCCAAUUGGAUUCCUCCGUAUCAUACUGAUAUUCUUGUGUCUUCUUGCCUUUUCACUGACAGCUGGGUUCAGUAGCAGUGGAUCUACCAAUCAAGCUAGAUGUAAUACCAAUAAUCUCAAUAUAUCAGCUACUGUUACACUGACCUUCUCCUAUCCUUAUCGUGCCAACUCUUUCUCCUUCACAUACGAUCCUCCACUCAAUGAUUCUGCUCCUAUUACUUGCUUUACAGCUGACCAGAUAAAGACGUUCAGUGGGUCUGCAGAAUACUAUGUCUUUAUGACUACAGUCACCUUUAUCUAUGGCAUCCUGGCCGUCGUGGUAUAUAUAUUCUUUUAUGUUCCUCGGUAUGAUAUCGCCAAAUAUUUAUCAGUUGCAGAUUUGAUUGGUACUUCAUUGUUAGCAUUCUUCUUCAUCUUUGCUAACAUAGCCUGGUCUGCCGGUUCAUUUCAGCUAGAGAACUACACUGUUGAUUUGCUUAACUCCAGACGAACUGAUUGCAUCAUGUGUCAAGAUGUUGAUACUUUACCUCCAGCAGCACAAAACUUUGCUCAGCCUAGUGUGUCACUGUUAUUUGGUUGGGUUGCCAUGCUCCUGUUAAUAGCUUCUAUUUGGUUUGUCUACAAGGACACCAUUAUCCACCUCAACCGUAUGGGUCCACUCUACAAGCUGCCAUUUAUUCACAGGAGGUAUCGCCAGAGACAGGGGGGAAGGGAAGGAGAAGACAAGUACACAGAGGAGCAGGGUCAAGGGGAGGAAGAGAAGGAGAGAGGAGGGGAAACAGUAGAAGAAGGAGAUAAGUGGUAGUGUUUCUCAUUUGCAAGGACUUAGCUUUUUUUUUUCAUGCUACAGCUACUAUAAUACCAAUUUAUAAUAGUAUUAACAAUUUUCAUUAAGUAAUUUUGAUUUUCCCAAAAAAUGAAAUUUAUCAUACAAGUAUUAUUAUUAUCAAUAAUAAUAAUAAUUAUUAUUAUUAUUGAUUUUUGUGUAUGGAAGAUUUGCUAAUAUAACCAACUAUUUGAAAUGAAAA